UCGCAGCCACGUCAAGUGCCACUUGCAAUGGCUGCCCUUGCAGCACGGUUGUCAACCCGUUGGACCUAUGGGGGAGCGCUGCGUGGGCUGAGUACUCUUCGGAUAGCUGGUGUGCCUGAACACUUCAAUGCGCCAUUUCACUUGGCAAAGAGCCGGGGGCUCUACGAAGCCAAAGGGAUCGACAUGCAGUGGGACAUGACACCUCAGGGCACUGGAGCUAUGGGUCAAAAAUUGGAUGCUGAUGAGGUGGAUGUGGCCGUGAUGCUGUCAGAGGGAGCCGUGGCUCGUAUAGCUCAGGGCUCCAAGACAAAGGUGGUUGGGACCUAUGUGAAGUCGCCUCUGCGAUGGGGCAUUCAUGUGAAGAAAGGCAGCCCAAUCAGACAUCCUGCAGAGCUCAAGGGGCGAGUCUUUGGUGUCUCGCGCAUGCUGAGUGGCUCGCAUCUCAUGGCGCAUGUCUUUGCAGAUCAACAAGGUUGGGCACCCACGACAGAUGCACCCUUGAAAAUCGUGGGCACCCUGGACGGUGCCAGGGAGGCCAUGGGCAAAGGCGAGAUCGACGCAUGGCUCUGGGAGAAAUUCACGACCAAACACCUCGUGGACAACGGGGAGUGGGACAUUAUCGGAGAGGUUCCUACUCCUUGGCCGUGCUUUUUGUUCGUUGCUUCCGAAACUGCCCUGGCUUCCAAAGGGGAGCAAAUACAAAAAAAUGGUUGAAGUGACCAAGACCCUGUGUGAUGAGUUCAAGGCAAACGAUGGGGACAAGACGGUCCAAUAUGUCUCUGAAAAUCAUGCUCUUAGCAUAACUGAUGCCCGUGAAUGGCUGGAGGGCACGCAAUGGGCCUGUGCAUUGGAAGUUACCAAAGAGACCUUUGCCAAGACCCAAAAGGCGCUGAUCACCAUUGGGCAACUCGACGAGGUGGUCAGCGAUUCACAGCUUCAUGCACCCAUUGGCAAAGUGCUGUGAGAUCGCAGUGAGCGGCGGCAGUUGCAGAUAGUUGUAGACCAUCUUGGAUCACUCAAACAUCUCAAACCAGUCGGCAACGACGACGUUUUGGAGUGGAAACCCAUCAGUGCCGUUGCAGAAAGGGCCGUGUACC